UUUGUUUGACAGGGCGCAAGUGAGAUGAGGGGGCGGUGGUGGAAGCGAUAAGACUGUGCAUGACCCGAUAUUGGACUUACUUUUUGCCUAUCGGUUUAAUUUUAAGGCGACCGGUUCAGUGAAGAGACGCGCAUGCGACGAAUCAUUUAGAAGAAGCACAGCAACAGGGCAUAGUAGAAGAUGCCGCUGAAAAGAGCAGCCCCACACACGGGGAAGCAAGACUAGCCCCGCACGCCGCAACGCGGAAAACACUUAGAAAGGAGAAUGCGAAUGGUUAGGGGAGAAAGACUGCCAAGAAAAUGGAAACAAUGUAGCAACGCUGCGACAUUCCACGUAGCUAGGACGAAUUGGAUAGAAAAUAGAUAGCAAGCUAAAUCGCCGUCAUUCAUGUAAAGUUACUCAUCGUUUAAAGCUCGUGUGUUUAGUUGGCCGAAACAAAAGGAACUGCAAUUCCCUACUGUCUUCCCAAACCAAAGAAGACGAGAAACUGCAAUAUGCUACGAAGACGACUGAACCGAUUGUGUGGAGGGGAUGAGAAGAGGGUGGACAGCAGGACCAUCUAUGUGGGACACCGGCAGUGUCCGCCCACCGAGGCCUUUAUCCCCCCAAAAUUCUGUGACAACAGGAUUGUGUCUUCCAAGUACACAGUAUGGAACUUUCUGCCAAAGAACUUGUUCGAGCAGUUCAGGAGAAUUGCCAAUUUCUACUUCCUCAUCAUAUUCCUAGUCCAGGUGAUUGUGGACACCCCCACCAGCCCAGUCACGAGUGGCUUACCUUUGUUUUUUGUGAUCACAGUGACCGCCAUCAAACAGGGCUAUGAGGACUGGCUGCGGCACAAGGCAGACAAGGAGGUGAAUAAGUACCCAGUGAUGGUGCUGGAGAAUGGGCGUCGAGUACCCAAGGAGAGUGAGAAGAUCAAGGUGGGUGAUGUGGUGGAGGUGAAGGAAGACGAGACCUUUCCCUGUGACCUGAUUCUGCUGCAGUCCAGUCGGGAUGACGACACCUGUUUCGUCACCACAGCCAGCCUGGACGGAGAGUCCAACCACAAGACACAUUACACAGUGCCAGACACAGACAAGGACCUGGAGUCUCUCAGCGCCACCAUCGAGUGUGAACAGCCGCAGCCUGACCUCUACAAGUUCAAUGGUCGAAUGCACAUCUACAAAUCUGACCAGGAGCCAUUUGUAAGGUCACUGGGGCCAGAGAACCUGCUUCUGAAAGGCGCCACAUUAAAGAACACUGAGAAGAUUUGUGGCGUAGCUGUGUACACCGGCAUGGAGACCAAGAUGGCACUCAACUAUCAGGGCAAGUCCCAGAAGCGCUCUGCUGUGGAGAAGUCCAUCAAUGGCUUCCUGCUGGUGUACCUGAGCAUCCUGAUCAGCAAGGCGCUGGUGUGCACUGCACUCAAGUACUGGUGGCAGAGCAAGGAGGGGCAGGACGAGCCCUGGUACAACCACAAGACUCAGAAGGAGAGGGACACCAACAGGUUCCUCAAGAUGUUUACAGACUUCCUGUCCUUCAUGGUGCUGUUUAACUUCAUCAUCCCCGUGUCCAUGUACGUCACUGUGGAGAUGCAGAAGUUCCUGGGCUCCUUCUUCAUCACCUGGGAUAAGGACUUCUUCGACCCCGAGAUCCAGGAGGGCGCACUGGUCAACACCUCUGACCUUAACGAGGAGCUGGGCCAGGUGGAGUACGUGUUCACAGACAAGACAGGCACACUGACCCAGAACAACAUGGAGUUCAUCUCCUGCUGCAUCGAUGGCUUCCAGUACAAGAACCACGAUUCCUGCUCCGAGCUAGACGGCUUCUGUGUCACCGACGGGCCUGUCAGCAAGCUGCAGCAGAAAGCUGGACGGGAGAAGGAAGAGCUGUUCCUGCGGGCACUGUGCCUGUGCCACACGGUGCAGGUGAAGGAGCCAGGGCCGGACGAGCAGACGGAGGUGGACGGGCUGGACCAUCCGCUCACUCAGCCCCAGGAGCAGAGGGGCUUCAUCGCCUCCUCCCCCGACGAGGUGGCCCUGGUUAAGGGAGCCAUGAAGUAUGGUUUCACCUUCCUCGGUCUGGAGAGCAGGACAAUGAAGAUCAAGAACAGACAGAACGACAUUGAAUCGUACGAGUUACUGCAUGUGCUGAACUUUGACCCCGUGCGGAGACGUAUGAGUGUCAUCGUGCGAAACAAAAAAGGGGAGACGCUGCUCUUCUGUAAGGGGGCCGACUCCUCCAUCUUUCCCCGGGUGAAGCAGGAGGAGGUGGAAUGCAUCCGCACACACGUGGAGCGCAAUGCCACGGACGGAUACCGGACCUUGUGUGUGGCCUACAAGCAGCUGAGUGCAGAGGAGUUUGCAGAGACGGAGGCGCAGCUACAGGAGGCUCGUCUGGCGCUGCAGGACCGCGACGAGAAGCUCACGGCCGUCUACAACCUGGUGGAGACGGACAUGAGCCUCAUCGGAGCUACCGCUGUAGAGGACAGACUGCAGGAGGAGGCGGCGGAGACCAUGGAGGCGCUGCAGGGGGCAGGCAUGAAGGUGUGGGUGCUGACCGGCGACAAGAUGGAGACGGCCAAGUCCACGUGCUACGCCUGUCGCCUGUUCCAGCGUGGCACGGAGCUGCUGGAGCUGACGGUGCGCACCCUGGAGGACGGAAGGUGUGGGCGCGAGGAGCGGCUGCACGAGCUGCUGCUCGACUACCACAAGAAAGCCGUGCAGGACGCGCCGCCCGUCAAGCCUGGCGUCACCAGGGGUUGGGCCACUGCAAACCAGGAAUACGGCUUUAUCAUUGAUGGAGCGACGCUGUCCCUGGUGCUGAACCCCACUGAUGCAAGCGCCAGCCGCUACAAGAACCUCUUCCUGCAGAUCUGCCAGAACUGCUGUGCUGUGCUCUGCUGCCGCAUGGCUCCCCUGCAAAAGGCACAGAUUGUCAAAAUGGUGAAGAACUCCAAAGGCUCCCCCAUCACCCUAUCCAUUGGUGAUGGGGCCAAUGAUGUCAGCAUGAUCCUGGAGGCACACGUGGGCAUUGGUAUAAAGGGGAAGGAGGGUCGUCAGGCGGUGCGGAACAGUGACUAUGCCAUCCCUAAGGUCAAGCACUUAAAGAAGCUUCUGCUGGCCCACGGGCACCUUUACUAUGUCCGCAUCGCCCACCUGGUCCAGUACUUCUUCUACAAGAACCUUUGCUUCAUUUUACCUCAGUUCUUGUACCAGUUCUUCUGCGGUUACUCCCAGCAGCCCCUGUACGACGCAGCCUAUCUGACGAUGUACAACAUCUGCUUCACCUCCAUGCCCAUCCUGGCCUUCAGCCUCUUGGAGCAGCACAUCUGCAUUGAGGUCCUCAUGGACAACGCUGCCCUCUACAGGGAGAUUGCUAAGAACGCUAUGCUACGCUGGUGGCCCUUCUUAUCCUGGACCAUACUAGGGGUCUUCCAAGGCCUGAUGUUUUUCUUUGGGGUCCGAUUCCUCUUCAGCAACCCAGCCCUGCAGGACAACGGCCAGGUGUUUGGGAACUGGUCCUACGGGACUAUUGUGUUUACGGUCCUUGUGUUCACAGUCACACUCAAGCUGGCUCUGGACACGCGGCACUGGACCUGGAUCAACCACUUUGUCAUCUGGGGCUCUCUGGCCUUCUACGUGUUCUUCAGCUUUUUCUGGGGGGGCAUCAUAUGGCCGUUUCUGAAGCAGCAGCGGCUCUAUUUUGUGUUUGCUAACAUGCUGAGUUCGGUGUCAGCCUGGCUGGUCAUCAUCCUCCUCAUUCUGCUCAGCCUGCUGCCCGACAUCCUGCUGCUGAUCUUCCGCAAGCCCAAGAGCCAUGCGCGACAGCUGUCAGAGGACUCCCUCUUCCACGCGGACAGAAGGUUGCUGCGAUCACACCUUUAUCCUACAAGCACCUAAAGGAGCGGGACUGAAAGGGGUUUGUGAAGACCCCAGCAGCUGCCCCCUUUUCUGCCUGAUCCAAAAAGGCAAAAGAAAACUAGGAAACCGAUCUGAGGAGGAAGAAUUAAAAAAGAAAGAAAGAAAAUUAAAAAAGGACAAGACAAAACAGCAGGCUUUUACAGGCCUACUCCAUUACACAUGUCUGCUCUCCUCUCCUCCUUGCUCCCCCCCCCCCCUCUCUCUCUCUCUCUCUCUCUCUCUCUCUCUCCCUCUCCCUCUCCCUCUCUCUCGUUCCUCAGCAUGUCUCUCUCCAGAGCAUACUGUGUGCAGGGUCUCUCCGCACGUGGCUUUGUUUGUCAGUGUUUUUUAUACCGAUUUUGUACUGAGCCUUUUACACCAAGGGGAAGCAUGACGUUUUCAUUUUUCUCUCUUCUCCGCCACACUUACCCGCCGUGAUCCCCCCCCCCCCCCCCCCCUCCCCUGAAUGUCAGUGCACUGGAGAUGACCGCAUCUCCAGAUGAGCGAGCCGCCAUGCUGGACGCAGACGCAGCACUGCUGCCCGAGUGGGGACCUCCACCCCAAGCCGUCCGCACCCCCCUCCCGCAUGAAGGGGAGGCCAGAGCCACCCCCUCUACCCCCUCUCCCCCAGAUCCUGCCCCCGUAGAGGAACACCACAUUCCACCUCGUCUACCACAGAGUCCACAGUGCAGUCUGAGCUCAUUCAAAAGGCUUUGUGUUCAGCUUUUUGCUUUCAAUUCCGCUAGUUACUAUGUCCAACAGCACCAACUCCACCCCCCACACCUCCCCCCAUAGCCCUUCUCACUAUGUGUGUGUGUGUGUUGCGUUUGAGUUUCCCUACCCCUUGGCCAGAGAGGGCCACACAUAGAGCUCUCUGUGAAGAUGCUGCAUCGAGGGCCUCGACCCUGUGGGUUCAAAAGCUGCCUUUCAACAACAUGCUGUGUCUUAAAGUGCAUCGACCGCUUCCUCGCUCACUCGCUCGGGAACAAGAAGAGCAGAGGCACAAGCUUAGGGUGCCAUGUCCCCUGUUACCCUCUUACUUAUGUUACCCCCAGUCUGAAUCGUGCGUGCUUGGUGUUGGGCAUGUGUGUGUGCUUGGGAAAAGUAAAAGAAGUGGACAUUUGAGUUUUUUCCCCCCUGGUCACCCAGAAUGUUCGUAGUGUAUGCUUGUUUGUUUCUCUUUCAUUGGGUGUUUAUGUUUAGGCUAUCUAGAGAUGGAUUAUGGAUGAAAUUCUAUGAAAUAUGUUCUAUACAAAGUCAAAGUGAUUAUUUAUAUAAAUAUAUUGUUGCUUAAAGCCAAAAAAAAUGUUUUUUCAGGAUGGGAGGUUCAGGUAUAAGUGAAAUUUAGUGCAAGAGGCAAGUUCCUAUUAGAGGGAGUGUGUGUGUGUGUGUGAGUAAGAGAAUGUGUGACAUAGAGACUGUGUGCCCCCUAGUGUCUGAGAGAGGACAGGGCAGGAGGCUGUGCUGAAAGAGAUCCUGUUUCACCCUGAGCCAUGACAUCAGGACCAGUCCACCAGGCCUGCCAUUGUGUGACCCCAGCAGGCCACCGUCACUCCCCCACUUACGCAGCCCCUCUCUCACUCUCACUCACUCACUCUCUCUCACACACACACUCACACACACACACGCACACCACAAGAGAGGCACAUGUUUAUGACCUGCGCGCACACACACAUAUGCACUCACUCACAUAGACGUGCAUGUCCAUGUUUUGUUACAGUGGCUUUGCUGAGGCUGGAGAUCGUAUCGCUCUCCUGGAACUCAGAAAGUGCCAACUCCUGAGCUGCCCCAAACAUGCCCAGAGGUGGUGCCACUGUGCGGCAGGUGGCAGCACAUUGCGCCUGCCCACCUGGACCUCAUCACCACCUCACCACUGACCGGUCUAAUGGGCUGGACCUGCAACUCUGACUUGUGGUUUCUUUUUUCUGUUUCACAGUCUAUUUCCCUCCAUAGAUAAAAGCUUCAUACAUUCCAUCUCAACAUUGCCAUUUCAAUCACUUUUUCUAAAAAAAAAAAACUCUAUUUACGGAAUGACUUGUUAUUUGACUUGUGUGAUUUUUCUCUCUGAACAUUGUAUUUAUUGUUAACGUAAUUUUACUCACAAAAAAAAAUUCUAUUUUUAUGACAUGAAUCCUUCGAUCCAUUAAAUCCAUUUUUAGUCAACUGUUAUCAUUUUGUGCCAGUUAGGUUCACCUGUGUCAUAUCCAAGGUGAAUACAGAUGGUGGUUGUUUUGUUUUCUUGCCUGAACCGAGCGCCCCACAUCAGGCCCCCCAUGUCCCUCUCCACCAAUGAUGGGCUGAGAACUGUGCUCCUCAGGGUCCCAUCACAUCGGUGUCUCAGAGGAGCCGUGCUGAUCUGAGAUCAGUGGAGCCCCUUCGCUCGCCAGGAGCUGGGUACGGGUAUAGACCACUGAGAAGUGCUCAGAGAACGCACCGCCCACAGACCAAUGUGUCCGACCUGAGAGAGGACCUGACUGUGUGUGGCCAGUCCUACAGUGACCUGUAGACCCUUUAAUGAACGCCAUGUCAGUCUGUGCCAUCUGCCUUUUCUGUCUCCCUAAAAGUAGCUCAAACUGAGCGUCAUGACCAUAACCCCCCCCCCCCCCCCCCCCCACUCUACUCCAGUUCUGGCAUGCUUAUGUGAAUGAAAAAAAUGUAUGUUUUCUCGAGCAUAUCAAAAGCAACACAGCUCUUUAUGAAUGUUACUGCUAGUCCGGUUUCAGAGCAGCAAGCCGUGUGUGGCCGUGCCGCCGUCCUGGACAGUAGUGAAGAACGGCACGUGGCCAGCAGCCUGUGGCUGUGUCCUGAUGCCAUGCAUCUGACGUCCCACCGAAACCUCUCUGGCUUUGGACCCUGUCCCAUGUGGGCCCUUUAUGUCCUGUAGGCCACAUCAGGGUCGCCUGCCCCCCCUCUCCCCAUACAACACACUCUGCUGGCAGAUUUUCUAGACGGGGACAACUGUAGCCCUGGCUUGUGUGGUGGUUAGAUCACAAUUUUUUCCAGGGAUACUUUUGAUCUGUCUUAGGAUCCAGCCUCAGAUUUGUAAGUGAUUCAUCUAUCAGAGGAAAAACAUAUUUUAAAAAGAGCUAUAGAUUGCUAAAGAGCUAUAUUGUAAUUUUUUAAAAUUGAAUUUCUUCUAAGAGACAGGAAAGCAUUUUACAGUGAGACUAUACGUCUGUAAAAGGGGUUGUUGAGGCAAAGCCAAACUCACUUGCAUCUAAGAGUGCAGUGGGUGUUCAGUUUAGUUGUAGCUGUCAUGGGUCAAAGCAAAGGACAGAUGCAGGUUUAUUUGUUUAAUUAUUGAGAUUUAUGCACUAAAAUUUAAGAUGUGUUUAUCCUUUAUGAGCAAUGAAGUCUAUUGUGAUUUUCAGAAUUAGUGAUUCAUGCAAGCAAGGCUUUGUCAGUACUGUAUAUGGGGCACUAUUUUACUAAACACCCCAAAACUGAUACCUUGUACAUGCUGAUGUAAGCUUGGUCAAGCACUGACACCAUUACCAGAGUAUGGCGGAGUUGUCUGGGGGGGUCGGGGUAGAGUGGGGGACCUGCCUGCAUUGUUAAAAGUCUACAAGUGAAGCAAACCUUUAAAUGACAUCAGAGAUGCUAUUUUCAGAGCUUAAAAAAAGAAAAAAAAUCUUCUCAUAUUUGCCUGUCUACAAAGAAAUGAAAAUGAUUUGAUUGUAUUUUUAAUGCAACCUUUUCCAGCCACUUUUGUAAUAAAAUGGAAAAUGUCCAAAAAAGGAAGAAAAAAAAACAUGGAACUAAAAGGCUACCUGAUAGAAGAAGUGCUGAGACAUAACUGGGGUGUGGUGCUGUGCUAAACAGCAGCGGGCACAAACCAGGACAGCCCUGCACCCUGGGCAAGGACCCCCCCACCUCCCCUUUACAUCUGGAGCGUUCAGUUGCCAGCCUUCUGAUCUGAAUGUACCUCUUUAAAAGACCAGUUUGUUCCAAAUCAGAAAUUCUUUCUGUAAUAAAAUUGUUUUGCAAACAGA